GCUGCUGCUGCGUAUUGUGCGAGAAGUUGCUGUUGGAGAAAAUUUACGCCUUGCCAACGCGAAGAGAGUCCCCGUCCGUCCGCAACGAUAUUGCCGCAGCGGAGAGGUUUGAUACGAAAGCACUCUUUGGCUCAAUACUUUGCCAAGUGAAAUGACAUCUUGUGGGCGAAUGACGCGUUCGCAAGGGACUCCCGCACAGUGCGUUUCGUGAAUUGCAGCAAUUGUUACACACCCGUCUGCGUUUCUCGCGCUCUCUCUCUAUCUCGCUGUUUCUCUCACCCUUUUUCUGGCGAUUUCAGCAACGGAGCAGCCAAAACUGCGGAACACAGUGCUGCGGUUUGUGAACGGGUGCAUAAAAUAGUGUCCAAGUAAAGUGAAGGGUCGCGGCCAUCGCAGACCUUCGAGAGUGCGACGGAAGAUGGUUUAUUAAAUUGAUAGAUUCUUUGAUUAGUCUCGCGGGCAGACAAUGAACGAACGAAUCUCGAAAGUCGCGUGUGGAGAAGGGGUACUCUAGGGCGUAGGAAGCAGUCGAAUAAUCAACAUACACACCACACUACGGCUACCCUGCAGUGUCAUGUACUUGUUAAUUAAGGCCCGUAUCGCAAAGAUAAUCGAAUAACGAAAUUGUGCUGCCGCUGUGGCACUGUGUCCGGGGCUGCUCUGGACAUUGCUCACAGAACGGGAAAAAGAAGCUCUUUUGCUCAGUACAAACAGUGAACAGUGAUUGGUUUGCAUGGAGUAAAAACGCCAUGGAAUCGCCUGUCAGACGGAAGUAAAGAUGGUGUAACACUGAAACUACUUCGUCUCAUUGCAUUCAACGGGUGAAAAACGAGAUUGUUGCAACCAAAACAAGGUGGGAAUUGAUAAGCCUGCAAUUUUCUAAAAAAGCGCAUACACAUACACACACGGCAGAGCUGGUGAAACGGGCAGGCAAAAAAAGAAGAAGGCCCAACCAUGCCCCCACUAAACAACUACAAUGGCAACAACUGUGGAGACAUCAUAUGCUCACUCUCGACGCAGUCACCACUUUCCCCGACGGAUGUGUCGCAGGCAGUCGGUGGAGCGGCAGGUGGUACUGCCGGCAGCAGCGGGGGCAAGCCGCGAUUCAGCUGCCCACAUUACGCACAAAAGAUGCUGCUUAAUUUGAACGCGCUGCGGCUAGAUUCACGCUUCUGUGACGUUGAGAUCAAGGUUGGCGAUGCUACGUCCGUCCACGCCCAUCGGGCCGUGCUGAGUGCCAGUUCCGCCUACUUCGAGGCCAUGUUCCGGCCCGAGCUGGGGCUGAGCGAGGGCAAACAGAAGACCGUUACGCUCCACUCGAUUCGGGCCGACAUUUUGGAGCUGCUGGUCGAGUUCAUCUACACCGGCCAGAUCGAAAUCGAACAGAGCAAUGUGCAGGAGCUGCUGGCUGCUGCCGACAUGCUGCAGGUGCCCGAGGUAGUGGACGGCUGCUGCGAGUAUCUGUGCCGGGAACUACACUCAUCGAACGCGCUUGGCAUACUGCGAUUCGCCGAAGCGCACAACUGCCGCCAGCUUGCCGAGGUGGCGGCCAACUUUGUCCACAGCAACUUUCCGAAGGUCGCCCUCGAGGACGAACUGCUCGACAUUCCGCACACGCUGCUGGUGAAGGUGAUCGCCUCCGAGGCGCUGCGGGUCGACAGCGAGUAUCAGGUGUUUAAUGCCGCGCUGCGCUGGAUCCGACACGAUGUGGUGCCGCGCCGCCAGUACGUGUUUGAAAUUUUGUCCCACGUGCGCAUCGCUCUAGUGCCGGUAGGGCUGAUCGAUCAGGCCAUCGCCGAGUGCCGGGAUGUGUCGCUCAAGAUAGCGCUCCGCUCGGUGCGCAAGGAUCUGACAUCGCGCCGCGGUCAGCUCGUGCCGUUGCGCGUGUGCCCGCGAGUUUGUGCGAAGAAGAGCAUCUACGUGAUUGGCGGAUCGCGGCGAGAACGGUCGACCGGAUGGACGCCAACGGAUUGGAUCUUUGAGUCCGUCAUAAAGUAUGACAUCUUUCGGCACGAGUGGAUCGAAUCGGCCCCGAUGGAGAUCGGCCGCAUUCUGCCAGGGGUGGCCGCACUCGGUGGCAAGAUUUACGUGAUCGGUGGCGAGCGCGGCAGCCAGAUCCUGGCGAACGGGGAGGUGUACGACACACAGAACAACAACUGGGAACCGAUGGCACCGAUGAAUGUGCCCCGGUGCGAGUUUGGGCUCUGUACGCUCGGCGGCACGCUGUACGCGAUGGGCGGCUGGAUCGGGGAGGACAUUGGCGGCUCGAUUGAGUGUUACGAUCCGAUGAAAAAUGCGUGGCGAAUGGUAGGCGAUCUGCCGGAACCCAAGUUCAGUAUGGGUGUCGUAAGCUUCGAAGGCUUGAUAUACAUUGUCGGUGGCUGCAAUACUCACUCGAGAUAUCUAACCGAUCUGAUCAGCUACAAUCCCGUUACGCAUGAAUGGACGAAGCUCGCCCGAAUGCAAACCGCUCGCUGCCAGAUGGGGGUAGCCAUUCUCGACCGCCAUCUGUACGUGGUCGGUGGCAACAGCAGCCAGCAGGAAGUGCUACGCACAGUCGAACGCUACAGCUUCGACGAGGACAAGUGGUCAAUGGUUUCGCCGAUGACGGUACGCCGGUCCAGCCCAGCCGUAGCAGCGGCCGACGGCCUACUGUACGUGGCUGGUGGUGAUCAGCCCUGCGAGAUCAACUUUUACCGGGCGCAAAUUACAAUCGCUUCGUUCGAGUGCUACAAUCCCAUCACGGACCAGUGGAAGGUGUGCCCGGAUCUACCGACCAGUCGUUCUGAGGCGGGUGCGGUAGUCGUCUAAACAAAAAAGGCACAAAAACAACCCCCUUUGGGGAUUUAUCUCUAUCCCUCGGUCCAAUCGGCGCGCCUAACAUUCGCCAUCGCAAAACCAAAGAUGCGCUUAUAAAGCGCUGCGAUUGAAUAGCAAACCAUUCGCGUGUGUGCUACCCCCGUGCAAACGCGCGAAACCGAACCGACCUUUUGCGUUGAAAGUGCCGAAAUACGUAUUUCUUCUUCUCGUUUGUUUGAUCGUUGUUUCUUUCCAAGUUACAUUUGAUCAACACUUUUUCGAUCACUUACCAACAAACAAACGAUGAGAUGAUGGUGAAAUGUUUUAAACAUAUAGAUGUGCAACUAGAUAUAUUAUAGUGUGUAGUACCACCACCACCAUAUUAAUCUGCGUACACGAUCCCCAGCCCGAUCCUUUUUUGCACAACUUGGUUGGGGCUGUUCUACUACAUCUCAUUUAUAUUUUCAAUCAUUCUCGUAUCGUGAUCUGAUAAAUUAUCCAUAAAGAUAAAAAAAUAUAUAAUAAAUCGAUUAAAUGUCCUGUUUAAAAAUAGAAAACGUGGGAAAGAAAGGAAGCGCGGAAAUUUAUGAAAUGGUUUGUGAUAAUCUAUUGAAAAGGUGUUUGUUUUUGUUUUUCUGCUACUAUUGUUAUUCAUAUACCAUUUGAAUAAAUAUAGCCUUUAUUAUGCGUUAGUUUUGAUCACUUUCUUAUAGUUUUUGCCUGUUUUGUUGGACAUUUUCCCCGCUUCGCUUUGUAUUUUACUUUGCUACUACUCUUCUGAUGGUCUAUACACAACUUGUUUGUUGGUAGUUGUUACUAUUUUUAGUUUAGUUUUUCCCAAUUAAUUUCAAUUCCACUACCAUUCUCUAGCCCAUUUUGCACAGUUUUACAUUUUUGUUAACAAACAAUGGUGUUAGGCGAAAGAAGCUUGUGAGAUGGGAACGUUGUUUCGCUCAAAUAGUGGUAUUUUACCUCGUCGUCGUGCUGACAUUGCCGCGGAUGAUGCUCAUAGCUUGCUCCUCCCUCCGUGCAGUAUUUGUCAAAAGGUAUUGCAGAAAUAGUUUGUUUUGUAUCAUACUAACACCUCGAUCAAAAUAUAUUAUAUUAUACUUAUAAUUUCGCUAAAUUCUUCCCUUCAAGGUGGGCUGCUGUAGUAUUGCUCCUUUGCCCACGCCAAUGUUGCAGGAAUUGUAAGGUUUAGUUUUUUUUGUUAAAGGUUUUAUCUCUUCCCCAAAACAGAGUAUUUUGUGACUCGGGUGGAUUUUAGCGCGCGGCGUGAAGUAGGAAAUGUUUUGCAGGUGUCACCCACAUUCACUACUCAAAUGGUUGGUUAUUUCAGUACUUUUUUUUAGAGCGGGUAAGUUUUGUGAAAGUAAGGCGGCGCUCCGAUAGAAGGAAAUGUUUUUUUUUAUAACCAUUUCGAAAACAUCACCAUUGAUUUAUCAAAAAAAAAUGUAUACACUUCACGGAAUCGAUUAAAGCAAUGCAUUGUUAUACGUCUUUCUCUGUGUCGUGUCUCAUAUUAGCGGUGUAAAUAUUGCGUACAAUACUGCAUAUACUGGUGACGCUUUUGGGGUGUAAACGGAAGCGAAUGAAACGUUGUUGCCCGUUGCAUAUUAAAACAUUCGCAGAAGCAGCAUAAUUACACAGUACACAGUUUUUGCUAGCUAGCAUACACAG